CAAGCCAAAGAAUGCUAGAUCAAAAAGAGCGUUAAAAAAGCGCGAACCUAAAGUUGAAGAAAAUGUCAAGAAAGCAAUGUUUUUAAAAACUAUCCAAACAAGUCAAACAGUUAGAGAUGCUUUAAAAGAUCUUUACUGUCUUAAAAAACCAGAUGGAAUAAAUUUUUUAAAGAAAAAUCACAUACUUCCGUUUGAGGAUGAGACAUCAUUAGAAUUUUUUUCUCAGAAAAAUGAUUGUUCGUUGUUUGUGGUUGGAUCACAUACCAAGAAACGACCCGACAAUUUAGUAUUUGUUAGGAUGUAUGAUGGACAAGUUUUAGAUAUGGUUGAAGUUGGAAUAGAGAAUGCAAUUCCAAUGAGUAGUUUCAAGACAUCCAAGUGCGCAAUAGGAAUGAAACCCUUAUUUAUAUUUAAUGGAGAUUUAUUUGAUACAUCAACUACACAUCAAACAUUUAAAAAUAUGUUAUUGGAUUUCUUUCGAGGACAAAAAUCAGAUUCCAUAGCUUUAUCAGGUUUAGAUCAUAUAAUAUCAGUUUCAGCGGUUGAGACGACCACCAAUGAUGGAAAAGUUGGAAAAAUAUAUUUUAGAGUUUAUAAGAUUCAUACUGAAAAAUCAGGACAAAAAAUUCCUAGAGUAGAAUUGGAAGAAAUGGGACCUAGUUAUGAUUUUGUGAUCAGAAGAACUAAAUUUGCUAAAGAGGAAGUUUAUAAAGCGGCAAUUAAAAUACCAAGAGAAUUGAAGCCAAGGAAAAAGAAAAAUAUCGAUGUUAAUGAACUUAAUGAUAAAGUGGCACGUAUUCAUCUUGGAAGACAGGAUUUUAAUAAGAUUCAAACAAGAAAAAUGAAAGGUCUUAAAAGAUCAUUAAAAAUGGAUGAUAGUGGGGAUGAUGAUAAGAGUGACAAAGAAGUCAACGAUGCUGAUGUUAAAGAUGAAAAGGUGGAUUUGACAAUAAAGAAACAAAAAAUCAAUUAA